UUCAAACUUUUACAAAUUCAACUAAAAAUUCAAGAAAGCACCUACGAGACAAUGACGAAAGUAAUGUUAAUAAUAAUUCUCGUGAUAUUACACAACAGAACUCUCGUUCUACCUCAUCAGUUACUGAACAUUCCUCAAAGAGAUUACGAACUGACAACAAUUUAAACGUCAAUGGUGAAUACAUCGAAUCAUCUUUGGUUUUAGUUCAAAGUGAUGAAAUUGUUCUAACCGAAAAUGACUUCGAUCCUACAUGGCUUGAAUCUGUAGCAGCAGAAUUGCGUGAAGAACGUGCUGCUAAACAGUCUUGCGUUUCGAUUACAGUAAAUAACGAUGUUAAUAAUAACACUGCGGAAGACAAUAUUUCACGUGUAGAUACUCCAUUGACUGUAACAGACGAGGACGUGGAAGAAAAUGAUGCCACCGCGAACGAAAAUAUAUUACAGAACCAUGCCUCUAAUAAUACACAAUCUUCUUCGUCAAUUGCACAUUUAGAUUUGGAAAAUGCGUCUCAAUUUACUACUACACAACUUACAGACAUGCUUCAGAACCACUUAUUGGCUCGAGGUCAACUUAUCACUGAAUUGACCAAAGAGCGCGAUCAAGCGCUUAAAGAUCUGGAUGAAGCUCGAAAGCAAGUUUUGAUGGUACAGGAAGAGAUGAAGCGUAUGCGUCAUGAGAUCGAUGUAGUGCGAGCUGAAA